UCCUGGAGUACGGGAAUAGCUAUAUGAUAACCCACAUAUUCCUUCAAAUAUCACAUCACUUUUGGACGCACUUUAACAAUGUAAAGAAUCUCACAGGAAGAGCUUGGUCUUUUGUGGACAAUAAAAAAAAUGGAUUCAAAUAAAAGAAAAAGUCGCCUUCCAAACUUUACCAGCGCGGAGGAGACUUUAUUAAUAUCUUUGGCCGAGCAGCACGCCAUGAUUUUAGAAAAUAAAAGGACUGAUGCUGUAUUCUGCGAGGAGGAAAAAAAGGUGUGGGAGAAAAUUGAUGUUGCGUUUGAGGCCCAGAUGGGUGUUAAAAGAGGGCCGAAGAACUUGCGAGAAAAAUAUGAAAAUUUGAAACGAAAAGCAAUAAUGUCCCUAGCCGAAGAGAGAAGGGAAAUGCACAAAACAGGUGGUGGUCAAUUCCGAAGCUAUACUGACUCCAACACAGACAGGCUAGCAGCUUUAAUGGGGCAGUCGGCAACCGGCUUUUCCAACAGUUUUGAUAGUGAUGUCAUUACAUAUGAAAUAGAGACCAUAGCAGAAAAUGAAGUCGUUCCCGAAAUUUUGGAGGAAUCCACAUAGGAGCCAGUUCUUGAGGCCGUAGAAAAUGUAGUAUAUUCUAGAUAUUAUA